AUGGCAGACAGCUUAAUAAAUAAAGCUAAAAAGAAGCGUGGCGCAAUCAGAGCGUCCAUCACCAGGAUAAUUACUAAAAUUCAGAAUGCUUUAGAGAAUUUUAAUACAGAUUCCAGUGAUAAACUAGAAGAACUUUUAGAACAUUUAAAUGAAAAAUCUUACGAAAUUAAAGCGGUUGAUACCGAAAUCGAAUCAUUAGUAGAAGAGAAAGAGUUAGACGCAGAAUUAUUGAGUGCCGAAGAAUAUCGCGAUAAAAUUACCACUUGGCGGUUCAGAGCCACAAAGAAACUGCGAUCUCUGACAUCGGAACAGAAACAAGAAAUAAGCCACCCGGAACAUUCGACUUCUAACGAAGUAGGAACAAUUCAAGAAACAAAAGAAAAAGUAAAUAUUAAACUUCCGAAACUUAGUAUUAUUAAAUACUUUGGAGACCAUAGUGAAUGGCUAUCAUUCUGGUCUUCUUUUGAAUCGGCAAUUCACAAAAAUGAUUCAUUGGAUCCCGUAGAUAAGUUUAACUACUUAAAAGCUUAUUUAGGAGGUAAUGCACUAAAGAGCAUUGAAGGUCUCGCGAUGACUUCUGAACAUUACGAAAAUGCAAUCGAAAUAUUGCAAGAAAGAUUUGGAAAUAAAGAAGCUCUCAUUAACGCGCAUAUGAGUAACCUACUAAAUAUUUCCCCACUCAGAAAUUCGGAUGAUACUAAGUCAUUCAGAAACAUGUAUGACAGAAUUCAGACUCAAAUUAGAAGUUUGGAAUGUUUAGGUGUUUCCACGGAUAGUUACGGAAACCUUUUGUGUCCUAUUUUGAUGAAAAUGUUACCCCGCGAUAUUAUUUUAGAUUUUAAUAAGGAGUACACUGAUUUGAAAUAUACAUUGAAAGAAAUCAUGAAUUUUCUUUUACGGCAACUCAAUUCAAGAGAACGAACAUUUUCCGAUUGCGAAAUCGUUUCUUCCCCCUCGCGGCGCCUCCCUGCCGAGCGUCUGCAACAAGAAAGAUCCCCCAUAGAGAAAACAGAAAAACAGCUUCAGCAGCUGAUUUAUUCGUUGGCGAUGCAAAUGAAAUCACAUCUUGUGCAUUUUGUAAUGAAUCAUCCCAUAGAAGUACAGUUGCAAGCUUUAAUUGUAUCUGUAGUUGGCAAAGGCAUCAAGAGUUAUUCUAUGAGAGCAAUAUGCGACACAGCGUCCUCCAACAGUUACAUUUCUCAGUAUGCGGCGGGAAAGUUAGAACCAGAGAGGGUGAGAAAAGAAAGAAUUAAGCAUGGUCUUUUCGGAGGUACUGUGGUUUCAGAAAAUCAUAAUAGGUACAAAUUGAAGUUAGUUAAUCCAGACAAAGAGUUUAGCUGUGAAAUAGAGGUAUUAGAUGAAAAGCAAAUAUGUGCUUCUAUUCCGAAGAUUAAAAAUGCAGUAUGGAUUAAACAAUUAGAAAAUAAAGGGAUUUACAUAAAUGAUGUAGGUGGAAAAAGGAAUUUAUGUCUUUAUGACAAGGAUCCCGAAGAAAUACAUUUGUUGCAUGGAGCUGAUGUAUUAGGAAAUUGGUUCACAGGAAGAAUUGAACGUUUGUCUGAAAAUAACAUGAUAGCCAUUGAGACUAAGCUGGGUUGGACUCUAAUGGGUAAAAUGUAUAAUGAAAAGGAUAACACGGAGAAAUCAUUAUCAGUUUUGUCUUUAUCUAUGCAUGUUUCCGACUCUAAAUUAGAAGAUUUGUGGCGUCUCGAUACGCUAGGAAUUUCCGCUCGUGAAGAAAACGUAACUAAAAGUAUGUUAGAAGAAGAAACUAGAAAACAUUUUGUUAGUACUCUAAAGAGAGAUGAGAAUGGCAGGUACGAAGUUGCCUUGCCAUGGACUGUAGAUAGUUCCCUUUUGCAGAGUAAUCGAUUGAUAGCAGAAAAAAGUCUCGUUAAGACAGAGAAGAAAUUAAUUAGCACUGAUAAAAGGGAAGAUUAUCAGAAAAUUUUUGAUUUUUGGGAAUCGGAAGAUAUUAUUGAAGCGGUGAAUGACAAGAAAGAGUUGGGUGUGCACUAUUUGCCUCACCGGCAAGUGAUCAAAGAAAGCAGUGAAACCACGAAAAUUCGUCCUGUAUUCUAUGCUUCAGCACACUCUAGAAGCAACCCAUCACUUAAUGAUUGUUUAGCCAAAGGUCCAAAUUUAAUGGAGAUAAUACCCACUAUAUUGAACAGAUUUCGAAAAUAUCGGAUAGGUGUAUCAUCAGACAUUGAAAAGGCAUUCCUGCAGAUUAGCGUCAGGGAAGAGGAUCGUGACUUUUUAAGAUUUUUAUGGUAUGAUGAUGAACAUAAUCUUAAAAUUUUUCGUCACCGGUGUGUCGUUUUUGGUUUGACGACUUCUCCUUUUUUGUUGGCUUCGACACUGGAUUAUCACUUAAGUAAUGUACCAGAAUCUUGUAGAGAAACCGCAGAAAUGCUCAAGACUUCCUUUUAUAUCGAUAACUCUUUAGUUAGUCUUAAUUAUGUCACUCAGACUGAAAAAUUCAUUCAGGAAUCCAAAUCCAUUUUGUCUUCUGGACAUUUUAACUUGAGAUGUUGGAAAUCAAAUGUUGGAAAUUCUAUGAUUGAAGAAGUGAAAGGGGAAUCCAAGGAAAUACCUGUGCUAGGUUUGAUAUGGAAUUUAGAAGAUGAUUGCUUAACUUGUAAAGUAGAGAACACCUGCAAUUUAAAAGAUCCUAUCACAAAGAGAAAAGUGCUGUCCGUAGCACAAAAAGUUUUCGACCCGAUAGGAUUUACCGCACCAGUAACUUUAGUACCGAAAUUGAUUCUGCAAGAGACCUGGAUCCAGAAAAUUAAGUGGGAUGAAGAACUCCCAAUAAUUUUGCAGAAAAAAUUCCAAAUUUGGAUGAAACAGUUGCAUUUACUGUCAGAAAUAAAAAUACCCAGAUGGAUUAACAUUGAUCAGGAAAAUGAAGACCGAGUAACGCUCCAUGUAUUCUCAGAUGCCAGCAAGAGUGCUUAUGCAGCAUGCUUCUACGUGCGAAGCGAAACGACAUCCGGUCCAAAAGUCCAAUUGGUGAAUGCAAGGAGUCGAGUAGCGCCGAUAAAAGAAAUGACAAUUCCACGACUGGAGUUACUUUCUUGCCUGAUAGGAGUAAGACUCGCGGAAACUGUCAAGGCUGAUUUACAAAUGUUUAACUCGAUUUACUACUGGACUGACUCAACGACAGCUUUGGGAUGGAUCAGAAGAGACCAGGCUUGGGGUACUUUCGUCCAUAAUCGUGUCCAAGAAAUAAGAUCCCUAACGGACAUGUCUGACUGGCGACAUGUACCUGGAAGUUUAAAUAUCGCAGACCUCCCAAGCAGAGGAUGCUCUUUUGAGCAGUUACAGAAAUCAAAAUGGUGGGAGGGACCACCUUGGUUAUACUUGCCUGAAACUGAGUGGCCUCGAUCUGAAGAGCAACCCGAUGAAGAAUUACUGAACAAAGAAAAAAGGAAAACAAUUGUGACAUUGAUGGACAGAGAAGAUAAGUCAGAUUGGUAUUUUAGACAUUUUUCCUCCUUCAAGAAAAUAGUACGAAUGAUUGCCUGGAUGUUCCGAUUUUAUGGAAAUACACGAAAUUUAGGAAAGAAUGGAUCUCCAAAUCUUUCAGUCUUGGAGAGAGAAAAGGCCGAAAAAACACUUUAUCGGUUGAUCCAAGAAGAUUCCUUCACGGGGAUUACAGAUCCAAGCAUUCGCACUCUAAGACCCAUCAAAACUGAAGAAGGAAUUUUGAGAGCAAAGUCAAACGUUGCUCAGCGAGAUGACAAAGAAGAUUUUCGCUAUCCUAUCAUCCUACCUUCUAAUCAUCCUGUUGUUCAUCGUUUAAUUUUUGAGAAGCAUGUAGAAAUGCAGCAUGCAGGAAUUACAAUACUCAUGGCUCAACUAAGAGAAACAUUGUGGAUUUUAAAAUCAAGGAAAACUAUUCGCAAUGUGAUAAGAAAAUGCGUAAAAUGUCAAAAAUUUGAUCGCCCUAAGCUAGAAGUUGAACCAGGGAUUCCGCCCGAAGAUAGAGUUAGAGAAGCGGCUGUGUUUGAAGUCACUGGAGUGGACUUAGCAGGACCUCUUUAUCUUAAGGAUGGCUCAAAAUGUUGGAUAGUACUGUUUACAUGUGCUAUUUACCGUGCCGUACACCUUGAGUUGGUUACAUCAUUAUCGACAGAAGCAUUUAUGCAGUCUUUCAGAAGAUUCAUUUCUAGGAGAGGGAGACCAUAUAUAGUCUAUUCAGACAAUGGUUCUAAUUUCGUAAAGACACGCAGUGCUCUCUCAAGAAACGAUUGGAAUGCAAUUGCUGCCGAAGCAGCUGAUCAGAAAAUACAUUGGAAGUUAAAUCCUCCGUCCGCCGCCUGGUGGGGCGGAUGGUGGGAGAGGUUAGUGAGGAUGGUGAAGCAGCUUUUGAGAAGAAGUUUAGGACGUGCAUCUUUGAAUUACGAAGAAUUAAGCACAAUUUUGUGCGAUUGCGAAAAUAUCUUAAAUUCCCGACCCAUCACCUAUGUAUCCGAAGAUGUUAAGGAUCCACAACCCUUGACACCUCUUAUGUUCCUUCAGGAGUUGCCAUCAUCCGGAGUACCCGAUCUUGAUGAGGUGGAUUCAAAGGAACUUGGUCGGAGAGCAAGGUACCGGCAACGACUUAGGAGGGACGUAAGAAAUAGAUUCCGGAAGGAAUAUUUAGGGCAACUGAGACAAUUUGCACUGAAGAAGCGUAAAAGCGACCCAGUUAAGAUAGGAGACAUCGUGCUGUUGGAAGAUAUGACCAGGAAAAGAAUCAACUGGCCGUUAGCAAAGGUUGUGGAGAUUUUUCCUGGCAAAGAUGAUAUUGUCAGACUAGCUAAAGUCAAAACAGAAAACGGUAUGCUUCUCCGCCCGGUGCAAAGACUGUACCCCCUGGAGAUUAACAGCCCGACUACAACAGGUGCCCAGGAGCCUGCAGCAGCAAACCAGGAUUUGUUGAGUUCAUACCACAGACAGAACUCAAGGUGGGAGAGUGUUGCGAAAGCGACCUCGACCUCCUGUGAACUGUAG